UUUGUUUACUUCCGGAGAGACAUGGCGGCGCAGCCCGAGCAGCAGCUUCCCGAUUCCGGAGCUGUGUUUACAUUCGGAAAAAGCAAAUUUGCUGAUAACAUUCCCAGCAAGUUCUGGUUUAAAAACGACAAAGCCAUCUCCAUCUGCUGCGGAGAUGAACACACUGCACUCGUAACCCAGAAUGGGAAGGUCUACCUCUUUGGCAGCAACAACUGGGGUCAGCUGGGCUUGGGGACAAAAAACCCAGUCAACAAACCCACUUGUGUGAAAGCAUUGAAGCCGGAGAAAGUUAGACUGGCUGCUUGUGGAAGAAAUCACACUUUGGUCUAUACGGAGCAGGGAAAUGUUUAUGCUGCUGGUGGCAAUAAUGAAGGACAGUUGGGUCUCGGAGAUACAGAAGAAAGAUCAGCAUUUCAGCAAAUAGAGUUUUUCACAGAUAAACACAAGGUUAAACAAUUAUCAGCUGGGUCCAAUAUUUCGGCAGCUUUGACUGAGGAUGGGAAGCUUUUCACAUGGGGUGAUAAUUCCGAGGGACAGAUUGGCCUUGGUUCUGAAAGCACCGUCAAUGUGCCUCAUCAUGUGGAUGUUGGGAAGUCAAUCUCAUGGGUUUCCUGUGGCUACUACCACUCUGCUCUGGUAACAGAUGACGGACAGCUCUAUACAUUUGGAGAAUCUGACAAUGGAAAGCUAGGUUUUCCACUUUGUCAGAAAAACAAUCACCGGAUCCCACAGCAUAUCCCUGAUAUUUCAGGCAAAGUUACUCAGGUAUCCUGUGGUGGAAGCCAUACAGUCAUUCUUACAGAGGAUAAUGUAUACACUUUUGGCCUUGGCCAAUUUGGGCAGCUGGGACAUGGUACAUUCACUUUUGAAUCCUCUGUGCCAAAAGUGGUCGAACGAUUGAAGAAGAAGGAAGUGCAGUAUAUUUCCUGUGGGGAGAAUCAUACUGCCGUAGUGACAACAAAUGGCCUUCUGUAUACCUUCGGAGAUGGACGACAUGGAAAGCUGGGACAUGGAGAAGAGAAUUUCACCAAUCAGUUCAAACCAACUCUUUGCUCUAGGUUUUUGAAGUUCACAGUGCAGUCAGUUGCCUGUGGAGGAUGCCACAUGAUAGUGCUUGCUGCUCCCAGGCUAAAGGACACAGAAAAUGUUGUCCUUGAUGAUGAAGACAAAAAUGAAAACUAUCUGAGUACCACUCCUGAGAUAUUGGAUGACUCUUCUACAUCAAAUACUUUCCACCGAACAUUAUCAGCACGUGUUAGACGGCGAGAAAGGGAACACUCGCCCGACCAGUUUGGGCGGAUGCUUCGCACAUUACCUCCCCUGGGAGCUGCUGUUAGUUCUUCUUUACCAGCCACUAGUCAGACAUUUCCACCUCGAUUACCCAGGAUGACAGUUUCUAAAGAGAACCUUAUUGCCUCAAAGCCUUCUAAUGUUGUUCAAAUCCAUGAAGCAUCAACGUUUCCCAGUAAAGCUCUGAAGGACAAAGAAGAAGUCGAUCAAAAACAUGACGAAAACGAAUCUGAGGACGAGGAGAAUGAAAAAGGCCUUGGUAACACAACCGAUUUGCUAAACAUGACACAUGCAGUGAUAGUGAAUCAAAAUGACAAGACCCUGACCUUAUCACCAGUUCACAAGGAACAGAAGAAGGGUAAAAGCUGUGGUAAGGGUGAACAAAGUAACACCAAUUCUAAUAUUAAGUAUCCUGUUAAAAAAUCAGUAAAAUGUAAAAGGUUAAACCUGGGCACAGCGAGUGUGCUUGAAGCUGUUCAAGAUGGAAAACAUAUCAGAAACAAAUCAGUUGGCAAAGAAAAUAAUUUAACCAAAGUUAAAUCAUCCACCUCACGAAAGAAAAUUCAAUUGGGUGACGGUCAUAAAAUAAAUGAUGCGAAAAUUCUUGUGGACAGCAAAAUGGCUCAAAAAAAUGACAAAACUAGUAAACACAGAACAGAAAAAGACUCCAAAGACACUAGUUUAAUAAAAGAAAGUAAAUCUUUCAAAGAAAUUAUUCAUGUGUCUGACAAUGAAACAUUGGAAGGAGAUGGAGCAGCAACACUGCAGAAGCGAAUGAAAGAAGAAACUACAAGCAUUGUCAGUAAACAUAUAGAUAGUUACAUCACCAAUAGAAUGGAAGUGAAAGAUAGAAAUAAAAGGUUCAAGAAACAUAAAGAAAUAAAACACAGUGUUCGAAAAAAGCCUUUAGAUAGUGAAAUGGAACAGGAAGGAGAGGAGAAGGUAAAUCCAAUAUAUAGAAAUUUUAGAGGCAAGAUAAAGAAUGGCUUAAAGGAAAAUGUUAAUCUUAAAAUACAAAAAGAAAGUGAAUUGAAGAAUAAAGUAAUGAAAGUGGCAAAAAGACCUAAGGGAGGUGUAAAUGAAGAUAUGAAAGAAGCUGACAAGGUAGCUGAAGAAGCAGCCAUGGCCAUGGAAAGGAUGGUGACUUUUGAGGAAGGCAUAGUAGUAGUUGAAGAAGAGCCCGAGGAGAACACAGCAGCAGAUAAAGAGGCAGAGGAGAGUCUGGCUGCAGAUGAGGAAGAGGUCAUGGGUAGCAUGGCUAAAAAUGAUGAGCAGGCUGAGGAGAUAGUUGACAAUGAAGAGGCUAAGGAGGAAGAGGCUAAAGAUGAGGAGGAGUCUGGGGAAGAGGAGGCUAAAGACGAGCAAGAAGCUGAAGAGGAAGAGUCUGACAAGAGUGGAGCUAAAGAUGAUGAAGAGCUUGAGGAGGACGAGGCAGUGGAUGAGGGUGGGGCUGCAGACAAGGAAGAGACUGAGGAAAGUAUGAUUGCUGAGGAGGAAAAGAGUGAUGAGGGUUGUGAGAAGCAAGAGAGUGGUGAGGAUGGUGAAGAGGAGGAGGAAGAGAGUGAGAAAAUGUCGAGAAAGAAAAAACAUGUAAAUAAUGGAAGAAAGGAUGAAAGUGGAGCGGUUGAAAAAGAAAGGAGUGAAUCUGAAUGGGAUACAAGUGAAGCCGAACAAGAAGUUGAAAUGCAGCACAGAGAGACUGAGGGGGAAGGAGAAAGUAGGGGAAAUGGUAAGGAGCAGGAUGACGAGAGUGAGGAAGGAGAGAGUAGGGAAGAAGCAGAGGAGGAACAGGAGAAUGGAAAUGAAGCUGAACAGGAAGAUGGGAGGGAAGAUGUUGAGCAGGAAGGGGAGAGUCAAGAAGAAGGUAGUAAAGAUGUUGAGGAAAAUAGGAAGAGUGGGGGAAAUGGUGACAAGCAAGAAAUCAAGAAUGAGGAAGUUGUUGAGCAGGAAGGGAGGAGUGAGGAGGAAGAGAAUGGCAAUGACGAAGAAGAGAAUUGUGAGGAGGAGAUGGAAGUGACUGGUGAGGAGGGAGAGAAUGGUGAGGAAGGUGAAGAGGAAGAAGAAGGAGGUGAGGAAGUUGAAGAGGAAGAACGAGGUGAGGAAGGUGAAGAGGAAGAAGAAGGUGAGGAAGGUGAAGAGGAAGAAGAAGGCAGGGGUAUUGAGGAAGAUGAAGAAAGUGAACAAGAGAGUGGUGAAGAUGAAGAGAGUGGUGAGGAAGGUGAAGAGAGUGGUGAAGAUGAAGAGAGUGGUGAGGAAGGUGAAGAGAGUGGUGAAGAUGAAGAGAGUGGUGAGGAAGGUGAAGAGAGUGGUGAGCAAGAUGAUGAUGAAGAAGAAGAGAAUGGUGAGGAAAGUGAAAAAGAGGAAGAUAGUGAAGAAGAAGGUGAAGAGGAAGAGAGUGACAAGGAAGAAAGUGAUGAGGAAGGUGAAGAAAGUGGUGAGGAAGGUGAAGAAAGUGGUGAGGAAGGUGAAGAAAGUGGUGAGGAAGAUGAAGAAGAAAGUGCCAUGGAUUCCUUAAAGGGAGUUGGCUACCCUGUUACCCCUGCAAGCAAGCCUAAGUCCUAA